GUGGCAGCAGCCGGCAGAAGAAGACGCGGCAACAAACUCCUGGAAAACACUUGCUCCGUCUGCAAAGUCAUGACAAGUUUCCACCGCAGACCUCCGCUUCUGUGAGGACGAAGAGGAGACACGAGGACGCGCCGGGAGGAGCCGCUUCGUCCCGUGACUCGCUUCCAAGUUGGAGAAAUGCGUCACCAUCUGCGCCGCCGAGGAAACUGCGCGCUGUGACUCGACUUCCUCCCAAUGGCGUCACUGUAUCAACGACUCACCGGGCAGAUCAACACCAACCAAACCUUCCCGGAGCCGCCGGAGGCGAGCCGUCUUCUGGGGCGGAGCGGGGAGGCGGAGCAGCCGGCGGAGGAGCCCGGUGUCCGGCUGCAGCAGCAGCAGCAGCAGCGGCGGCGGCGGCGACUCUCCGACGAUGAAGAAGAGCUGGUGGGCAGCAACCCUCCGCAGAGGAACUGGAAGGGAAUAGCGAUCGCCCUCCUUGUCAUUCUGGUCAUCUGCUCGCUGAUCGUCACCUCGGUCAUCCUCCUGACGCCAGGCGAGGAUGACCGCUUGGCGAUGAAGGGCAAAUUGACCGUGGCUGACCUCUUCAGAAAAGACUUCCGAGUUCACGACCCCAACGCUAAAUGGAUCAGCAGUAAUGAACUGUUGUACCGGAAUCGCGAAGGCGACGUCGUCAAGUUCAACGUGGACACAGAUGAAAAGACCGUCUUGGUGCAGAACAAGAAGUUUGAAAUGUACAAAGCCAGCAAGUACGAAGUGUCUCCCGACAUGAAGCAUGUGCUGCUGGCCUACAACGUGGCACCGGUGUACCAGCAUUCCUACACUGCUUUCUACAUCAUCUGCAGUCUGGAGACUCCGGAAACGUGGAACCUGAACCCUCCAGAGGUGCGGAAUGCUCAGCUGCAGUUCGCAGGAUGGGGACCUCAGGGUCAGCAGCUGAUUUACAUUUUCGAGAACAACAUCUACUACCGCUCCAACGUGGAGAGCCGCUCCAUCCGCCUGGUGUCCUCCGGGAAAGAGGGCGUCAUCUUCAACGGCCUCAGCGACUGGCUGUAUGAAGAGGAGAUCUUCAACUCCCACGUGGCCCACUGGUGGUCGCCCGACGGAGCCAGGCUGGCGUACGCCACCAUCAACGACAGCCUGGUGCCCAAGAUGGAGCUGCCCAUGUUCACCGGCACGCUGUACCCCACAGGGAAGGAGUACCACUACCCCAAGGCCGGCGAGGAGAACCCGGUCAUCACCCUGUACGUGGUCAACCUCAACGGUCCACUUCACACCAUCGAGAUGCGGCGACCCGACGACCCUCGGAUGGGGGAGUUCUACGUCACCAUGGUGAAGUGGGCCACCAGCACCAAGCUGGCCAUCAACUGGCUGAACCGAGCUCAGAACAUUUCCAUCCUGACCCUGUGUGAGGCCACCACGGGGGUCUGCACCAAGAAACACGAGGAUGAGAGCGAGGGGUGGCUCCACAGACAGAACGAGAAGCCGCUGUUCUCCAAGGAUGGACUGAAGCUCUUCUUCACUCGAGCGAUUCCACAAGGAGGACGAGGGAAGUUCUUCCACAUCUCCAUGUCCAUCUCCCAGCCCAACACCAGCACCGACACGCUGCAGUCCAUCACGUCGGGAGACUGGGACGUGACCGAGGUUCUGGCCUACAACGAGGAGAACCAGCUCAUUUACUUCCUGAGCACAGAAGACGGUCCGAAGAGACGACACCUGUACAGCGCCGACACCUUCGGCUCCUUCAACCGGCGCUGCCUGUCCUGCUCGCUGGCCGACAGCUGCGGCUACAUCGCCGGCUCCUUCUGCCACAACAUGAGCUACUUCCUGCUGCGCUGCCAAGGUCCGGGCGUCCCGUUUGUGUCCAUCUACAAGACCCAGAGAGACGGAGAGAGCGAGACGGAGGACAGAGAGAGUAUCUCAGAAGUCUACAAACUGGAGACCAACGAGAACCUGCGGCUGAGUCUGGACUACAUGCAGAUGCCCACGGUGGAAUACCAGGAGAUCAGCAUGGACGACUACACUUUGUCGCUGCAGAUCCUCAAACCUGCCGGCUUCAUGGACUCGGCUCACUACCCGCUGCUGCUGCUCAUUGACGGGACCCCUGGUGGCCAGAUGGUGUCAGAGCGCUUCGGCUUGGACUGGGCCACGGUGCUGGUCAGCAGCUUCGGCGCCAUCGUGGUGCGAUGUGACGGGCGGGGCAGCGGCUUCCAAGGAACCAACCUUCUGUACCGGAUCCAGAAGAAGCUGGGCGUGUACGAGGAGCAGGACCAGCUGGAGGCCAUCAACGUUCUCCUCAAAGAGCCGUACAUCGACAAGACCCGGGUGGGGGCCUUCGGGAAGGUGUACGGCGGAUACGUGACCAGUCUGCUGCUGAGCGGAGACGACUCGCCGGUGAGGUGCGGCGCCGUCCUCUCUCCCGUCACGGACUUCGAGCUGUACGCGUCAGCCUUCUCGGAGCGAUACCUGGGGCUCCCCAAGCCGGACACGCGAGCCUACACGAUGGCCAACCUGGCUCACCGAGCGUCUCAGUUCGUGGAGAAGAAGUUUCUGAUCGUCCACCCGACGGCUGACGAAAAAGUCCACUUCCAGCACUCGGCCAAGUUCAUCGCUCAGCUCAUCAGCGAAAAGGCCAAUUACACGCUGCAGAUCUACCCGGACGAAGGCCACUUCAUCCACAGCGACGCGACCAAGCAGCACCUCAGCCAGUCCCUGGUCAACUUCUUCGAGGAGUGUUUCCGGCUACCGGAGCAGGCGUUGGAGGAGGCGCUGGAGGAGGAGAGCGAGGAGGAGGGCUAGAGCGCCGCCGCCGCCGCGCCCGCUGCCCCGGACCCCUUCGCUCGCCACACAUCAAGCACAACCCGGCGUCCGGCCCUCCUCUGAACUCAUCUCCUCUCGCUCCAUUUGGCUCGCUGCGUCUUGGACUCCUGGUCCGCAUGCUGAUCCCGAGACUGUCCGGCAGCCGUCCAGGGGGCGCUCUGGAGAGCAGUGGAGACACUCGCAGACAUGUUGUCCAGGAGCAGCGGGAACUCUGGCGCCGCGGGCGAGGGGACGCCUCGCGGCACCGAACUUGUACAGACGCCACGACGGACGUGUUCGCAGGAAAUGUAACUAUUUUUCAAGUGUUGACAAACUUUUCAUGUGGAACUGUGAUCGUGUCGGUUGUUCCUUGUUUGUAAAAUAGCACAUCCACUUCAUCAGGAGACCCUUGUGUUCGCAGCCACCUCUGAGUUCAGCUUCCCACGUGUCCAUGUGCAGCAAUAACCCGACAAUCCCGGGUCUCCUCCUGAGAGCAGCCGCCUCUGGAGCCCCUCCACAGCGCCUCCCUCUGGCGCAGCGGGUGAACUGUAGCAAACGUCGGUCGGAUCAUUUCUCAACAUCUGCUUGAGGCUUCACCUGGGGCGACACCGCUGGAGGACAACAGCUCUGAGCUCCGACACAACAAACUCCUUUCACCUUUGCUCUGCUCCAAGUCUCAGAAGGACGACGGGGCUCCGCUAAAUCCAGAUGGAACGUCUGAUAUACAAAGUUAGAAUUAUGAGACUCCAACUUUCCUCCGAACCAUGAUGACAGUGGAACCUCGAAACUCCAAUUUCAUUCCUGUUAAAUUCCGAAAUGUUCCUGAGUCUCUAGAAGUAAAGGAAAGUUCCUGCUGGAGUCACCGGAAACUAUGACUCCUGAUCAACGAUAUUUCAAAAUGAGCACAUCAAUUUUGGUUUCGUACAGAAACAAAUGAGAAUGUUAAACAUUCUGUUAAAUUUUUGCCCGUUGGCUGGUUUUCCCGGCUGCAGCAUCAUCAUGUUUAAAUCCCGAUAGAUUUUUUUUUCACAACAGUCUGGAUGUUGUUGAAAAUGAAUACGCUUAAAAGUCAAAUGUUUAAAGUGAAAAGAAGAAGAGGUUUAACCGUCAACAUUCCAGUUCAACAUUUAUUACAUUUUGUGAUUUUUUUUCUGAGACAAAAGUUUUAUAUAUAUAUAUAUAUAUAUAUUUAUAUAUAUAUUAUAUAUAUAUUUUUUUUUUUUUUUCUUUAAUUUAUUUCUAUACAAUUUGGGAAGUUCUAAGUGCGGUUAACCUUUCUUUUUUUGAAAAAACAAAAACAGAAGUAGAAGAAAAGCCACCAGAUGGCACAACAAAUUUAAUAAAACUUCAAAUCACUUAUAAGCCAAGAGCGCCAUCUAGUGGCCUCUGAAAAUUAAGACUCUUGUUUUAUAAAUUCUGAUGUAUAGAUAUAUAAAAUUCAUUUAUUUAUUUAUUUUAAAUACAAUUUGGGAAGUUCCAAGUGCGGUUAACUCACAAAAUCUUUCUUUUCUAAAACAACAAAAACAGAAGUAGAAGAAAAGCCACCAGUUUCAGCUACUCACAAAACAUUAAAGUUCAAAAUGUCACACAUUCGGAUCACAAAAUUAGUUCAAGUUUAGGGGCAAAGCUUUCUUCAUUUUUUUUCUUCGAAUUGUGUUGCAUUUUUGGAGCGUUUCGAGGUCUUGCUGUGUGUGAAACAUCUGACUAAAGUAAGACGGCACAUAGGAAAGAGACCCAUGAGAGACUUGGAGCAGAGACCGGUACGACGUCGGAUUCCUCGACGGGAGGAAACGCGUCCCGUCCGAACCCGGACCGAGACCCGCAGGUUGACCGCCAGUGAGUCCGGGCUCCACUGGCCCCUCGUGUUAUUUAUUGGCCGUCACGCACUCCGCAGCAUGGCAGGAGGCUCUUUUCCGCCGCGCUCAUCGUCGACGUUCUGAAUGUUUCCCGCCGCCUGGCGUUCAUCGGCAUCUCCAGUGAUUAUCGUGAUUGAGACCCCAGUCUGGUCUCAGCCUGUAAAUGUGACGCGGAUCAUUUUAUCCUAGCAGACAACAGCAGUACUAUAUGAGUGUUACUUGUGCGUAAAUGACGUCAGCGCUGGGUUUUCUGGCUUUUUUAGACCAUCAACUUUGUAAUGGAGAGUGGCGACGGCAGUUUGUGGCAUGAAGGUAAAUGUUAGAAUAAAACAUAGAUAUUUUAUCAGCGCCUCAUGAUUUGGGGAGUUUUCUUCAUCGUCUCCAGCUUUCGUGACGAAAAAAAAUACUUUUUUGUUUGGUCUUGAAAUGUUUAUUAAUUCAAUGAAAACUAUUGCGUUGUGAAAAUGAAGCGUCAAAUGUGGGAGCAGUUUUAUCAGAACAUUUAAAAGUAUUGUGAUUGCAAUGAGCGCAGUCGGACAGCAGGUGGCGGUGUUACUGUGACGGCGCAAACCUUCAGCGCCUUGGUAAAUUCACCUUUUGUUUGGAUUUGACUGAUUCAAUUUUGCGUUGUUUCAGAAAGAUGUCAACUCGUGCUGGUCACGUGACCGGAAGUAAUAGGAAAUUAUUCAUAUGGAUUUUCCACAAAUGCAAAUGAAGCGACAGAAAAUAACUAAAUACCAACAUUAAAUCUCCAAGUUCGCUCGCUUCCAAAAAGAGCGGGAAGUUUUGUUGACGUUUUGUCUGUUUGGCAGUUAUUGCACUGUGUUUACAAAUUAAACUAAGUUGAUUCAUUACUUAUACAUUUAGUUUUCUACUGACAUGGUGAGCCAGCAGAACUUGGGUCAAAUCAAACCUAUGAGAAAUACUUACCUUUUUCAAUUCAAUAAAAUCAAAUAGUGAAAGCCAACCAUUUAAAAAAUCUAUAUGAAUCCAUACCAUUAAAAGUAUUCAAAAAUGAUAAUCUAAUCUAAAAAUGCAUGAGAGGUGGAGGUGAAAAAAGUUAAAGUAUGUGAAAGUACUAUUUUCUGUGACAUAUUCAACUAUUUCAAAAAAAUUAAAGUUUUACAAUUUGAGCUUCAAAGUCCAAUAUUUAUUAUUUAUUGAAAUUAUUUGGGAAUAAAAGUCAAAGCUGGGUCAUUCUUUUGUUAUAAUGGAAAUGUUAAAAAGCUGUUAACACUCAAAACAUUAAGCAAAGUUAUUAAUAUAAUAAUUAUUAUAUAAAUAAUGUUAGAUGUUUCAUGUACGGAGCUUUGUUUUUCUUUGAUGGUUCACUGCCCACAUGAAAACACAAACAGCGCUGUAAAGCCGCACCACAAAAGACACACAAAAUUCAUGAAUUUGCGACUUGGAAAUAAACCAAAAUCAUUGCUGUCAAUCAAGACUCGGCGAGCCAAACAAAAACAUCAUUGAGAAAUUAUUUUAAUUCAUAUUCUGCAGUAAAAAUCAACAUGACUUAUAAAAUAGAACACACAUUCAACACAUCUUCACACGGUGAAUCAUCAAGAGCAAUUACAGCUACAGGCCCAUUUAUGCUCCCUUUACACACAAAAGUGUCCUUGUCAAACCUGCUGCCGUCACUGAUCACAUGCUUCCAGGUGUUCUUUAUGUUGGUACUGCUGUUCACAAUAUUACCCACCAGGGGGAGCAGCCCAGAGUCAAAGGCCUAUGACGACAAACUCCAAAACAAACAUGGCGACUGUUAAGAAGCAUUGCUUGCAGCUCGUAGCUCGUGCAUAAUUUAUGAAAUAUAUUGUUCAAUAUCUCCACACUGGAGGAUGGAGAAGAUCCAUCAUUGUUGUCCUCUUCCUACAUACUGUAUUUACUACAUAUGGGUGCAGUAAUGCAGAUGUAACAAACAGAGCACGGAGAGAAGACUUGGUCCUAAUCUGGAUCCGCAUGUAAUGUUGAGCAUAAAUGGGCCUUAACUCCUUUGGUCUGGAUUAUUGGAGUCCUCCUCCUCACUUGUGCACACAGGAACAUUCACAAUCCCGACCCUGUCACCCCCCAGGUCCCGGCUCAGAAAUAAUACUUCUGCUCGAAGACGCUGCUGUUUCCGGUGUAGACCGGGGAGUAGUUGUAGAUCAUAGCGGCUCGUUCCUCGUCCAGAGAGU